GUAACUUCGGAGUUCCACAAAAAUCCAGUUGCUUGUUCGAAUAUGUCAUCGGUGAUGUGAGGCGCUCACUUUGUCAGUAAUAGGCGUGUUUGACAUCAUGGAUUCCGAGCAAGAAAUCAAGCUUUUCGGGAAGUGGAGUGCUGAUGAUCUAAAUGUACAUGAUCUCAGUUUAACUGAUUACAUCAACAUCAAGCGAAAAGGAAAUCCAAUCGUUCCACAUACUGCUGGUCGCUAUCAAGUUAAACGGUUUCGUAAAGCAUUGUGUCCUUUAGUGGAGCGCAUGUGCUGUUCUCUUAUGAUGCAUGGUCGCAAUAAUGGAAAGAAGGUCAAGGCGAUAAACAUUCUAAAACAUACCUUCGAAAUUAUACACUUGCUUUCUGGUGAGAACCCAAUCCAUGUGCUCGUCAAUGCUGUGCUUAACAGUGGUGCAAGAGAAGAUUCAACUCGUAUUGGUCGUGGUGGUACUGUCCGACGUCAAGCAGUUGAUGUCUCUCCUCUACGACGAGUGAACCAGGCAAUUUAUCUUUUGUGUACCGGAGCUAGAGAAGCAGCCUUCAGAAAUGUUAAGACCAUAUCAGAAUGCCUAGCUGACGAACUUCUUAAUGCCGCUAAAGGCAGCUCAAAUUCCUAUGCAAUCAAAAAGAAGGAUGAGUUGGAACGUGUCGCCAAAUCCAACCGGUAAUAUGCAUCUUUAAAUAAAAGAUUCGGACUUUUG